CGGAAGUGUCUUGAACAGUGUCGGCUUGUAAGUGUAAAGAUGGCAGGGGUGUUUGAGGUGGAGGUUGACGGUGUGGAACACAACCAUGGACACGGACAUCUCGACGACGCUUCUCAGAUUGAUCUGUCCCAGCUCUCACCAGAGGAGAAGUGGAGGUUGGAACAUGCUAAAAUGCAUGCCAAACACAAAGGGCAUGAAGCCAUGCAUGCAGAGAUGGUUCUCAUUCUCAUUGUCACACUCGUCAUUGCCCAACUUGUCCUGGUUCAGUGGAAACAGAGACACCCCAAAUCAUACAAUUUGGUAACCCUCUUCCAAAUGUGGGUGGUUCCUCUGUACUUCACCACUAAGCUGCAUUGGUGGAGGUUUCUGGUGACAUGGUUCAUCUUCUCUAUUGUCACAGCCUUCAUCACUUUUCGCGCUACCCGCAAACCACUGGACUGCACCACUCCAAGGCUUGUUUAUAAAUGGUUCCUCCUUUUGUAUAAGAUCAGCUACACCACAGGCAUUGUGGGCUAUACUGUAGUUAUGUUCACCCUCUUUGGCAUCAAUCUUAUAUUUAGAAUAAAGCCAGAAGAUGCCAUGGACUUUGGUGUGUCGCUUCUUUUUUACGGCCUGUAUUAUGGUGUACUUGGUCGGGAUUUUGCAGAGAUGUGUGCAGAUUUUAUGGCAUCUACAGUUGGGUUUUACAGUGCAUCUGGAAUGCCCACUAAGCACCUGUCAGACAGCAUCUGUGCUGUCUGUGGUCAGCCUAUCCUUGUGGAUGUGAGUGAAGAGGGGAUCAUAGAGAACACCUACAGACUCUCCUGCAACCAUGUAUUCCAUGAGUUUUGCAUACGUGGCUGGUGCAUUGUGGGCAAGAAGCAGACGUGUCCAUACUGCAAAGAAAAAGUUGACCUUAAAAGGAUGUUUAGUAACCCAUGGGAGAGACCACACGUCAUGUACGGACAGCUGCUGGACUGGCUGCGCUACCUCGUGGCCUGGCAGCCUGUUAUCAUUGGUCUGGUACAAGGCAUCAACUACAUCCUGGGUUUGGAGUAACAACAGCACCCAGUGUAGAGGGACCAGCAUACUUGAUUUAAACUGCAGCAAAUAAAUGUCUUUGGUUUCUCGGAGACGGGGACUUUUUUCCUCCAAUUUCUGUCUCUGAGUCUUGCUGUGCUAAUGUGUCAUCAAAUGAAAUACUACUAACAGUCUGAUGUUGGAUGUUUUUGUUGGCAUUUUUUGUCUGACAUUUGUUGAUGGACUACUUGAAGUUUGGACUUUUGAAAUUUGCAUAAACAAUUUACCAUGUGCACAUUGGGUUUUAUAAAAAAUAAAUAAAAUUGCUGUAAAUAUGUGCUCACCAUAAGCA